UCUGGUUAGCUCUAAAGUCCACUGAACAUCCAGGAAGUGUGAACAGAGUCAAACCAGCAGGGAUUCUCCAGGGACAGACUGAGCGAGAAAAAAAGAAAACCUUGCGGGCCAUGCUGGUGUACACGCCCUGCCACUCGGCGUCUGAGCGCUCACGGCUGCAGCAGCUGCUCCGGCCCGUGGUGGAGACUAUCCUUGUCAAAUGUGCCGACGCCAACAGUCGUACCAGCCAGCUGUCAGUGUCAACACUACUGGAGCUGUGUAAAGCCCAGGUAGGAGAGCUGGCCGUGGGCCGAGAGAUCCUCAAAGCAGGGUCCAUCGGUAUUGGCGGGGUGGACUUUGUCCUGAACUGCAUCCUGGGGCCCCAGACGGAGGCCAAUAACUGGCAGGCCCUGAUGGGCCGCCUUUGUCUGAUUGACAGGCUCCUGCUAGAGUUCCCCGCCGAAUUCUACCCCCACAUAGUUUCCGGAGGGGACUGCCACCAGUCUCAGACCCUGGGGGAGAGGUCCGUGAUUUUAUAGUCAUAUCAUAUAGCCUUGAGCGCACAGCCAUGAGUUGGUGACCUUGUCCUUGUAUAGCUUUGUUGGUCACCAACAGUAGCUGAUGACUCGAGUCUCAGGGGGAGAGGUGGAGGUGCGCCACAGGGAUGAGCAUUGUGCCCAGUGAUAUUUUGUUUUGAUCAUGUCGUCAUGUAGCCUUGAGCUCACAGCCUUGAGUUGGUGACCUUGCAAAAAUAAUUUGGUGGGUGCUUAUAUUUGUUCUAUUUCACACAUGCACAAGUGUGUAUUAUACAUGUGUGAAUUUGAGAUACAUUUUUUUGCGUAUCCCGACUCCCCCUGAGACACCCUCGGAGAGUGGGGUCAUGACCAGUCUGUCAUUAUCAACAGCGACCUUGGAGCAAUUAGGAAAAAAGGAGGAAAAUUGAAAAAGGUUCUUCUUCAUAAUAUAACUGUUUAUUAAUAAAUAUGUUUUAUGAUAGCUGAAAAACAAGAAAAUUGAUGUUUCACUGUGUUUGAGGAAGGGGAAGAGUGGACCCAAAGGUGCACAGUUCGAAUCCCGCCUCAGCCAGAAUUGACAUUUCUAAACAACCACUUUAGUGUUCUUUUUCACAUUGGUGAUUUUAAGAUCACCUAAGUCAGUAAUGGAACGAUUAUGGUAAUAAUCAUAAGAUAUAGAAGUGUUAUUCUUUAUUGCUGUACUAUUAUCCUGUUACCUUGUUUAUGCAAUUAGUAUCUUAAAUGAUCAAUUAUC